AGCGCACGUCAACUUCCGGGGCACAGUGUUAAAAGCUGAAAUGUUGUGUUUUUCAUGUCUUCCACAAUUCAAGUCAGUUUGUUUCAACGAGUCUUUGUAGGUAUGUAACUUUACACUCGCUAGUAUCACUACAGAUGGAUGCUCUGCACAGACACCGUUCACUUUAUAAAGGAACGACUCCGCCAUGGAAAGAAACAUAUCGCAAGCGCUGUGUAGACCGACUCAAAAACAGCCGGUCGAGGCUGCUGCAGAGAUACCGUCAGAUGGGAGAGAGCCAGCAGCGCGACGGCUCCGGGGCCUCCAUCAUCGUCCAGGAGGUGAUGGAGGAGGAGUGGACCGCCCUGCAGUCAGAGGACCGGAGGCUGCCCUCGCUGUGGGGGCCACAGGGCAUGGCAGAGAUGUUCAGUGUCAUGAAGGAGUACGAUGAACUGGCUGUACUCGAAGAAAUCCAACAGGAGCUCUUGUCUCAAGAAAUGUCUAUUAUUGAAGAGUACGAGAGGAACCUGCAGUUUGAGCAGCAGUACAUAUCGUCCAUUGUGGAAGGGAUGGAAGAGAUGCAUAUUAUUUGCCCCGUAUGUCACACGAACAACUUGAACAUCAACAGCCAUUUCAUCUCCUGCCCCUGUGGACUGUACAUUAACACUAAGAACCAGAACAUCACCCCCGAUAUCCUGCGGCAUCUUCUGGAGUCCAGGGUGUCGGAGCACAUGGAGGACUGUCUCCACAACCCUAUUUUCUCUGUAGCUCCCAACACAGACAGCUCUCCCAACCUGAUGAUAAGCUGCAAGGUUUGUGACUACCUGUCCAUUGUCCUGUAAAAGCAGACACUGCUGUCAUGAGUGACUUAACUCGUGAGAUUUCGUGAGUUUUUUUUUGUGUGCUCUCUGUAUGUUUUGUGAAAUAAAGUCUAUUUUUUAAUAUUUAA